AUGACGGACCAUCCGACGACAUCAUGGGAGGCCAUGCAAGACGGAAAUGCCUUCUACAGGCGGCACCAAAUAUACUCCAUACCGGGCAAGCUACCUAAUCUCGGAGACUUCAUAACUGCAGGAUGUCGUUAUGGGGGCCCUCUAGCCCUGAUGCGAGACACGACGAAGCUGGUCGCGCUCGGUCGUGCCACGCCAUCGUUUGCGAAGGCUCAGAUUCAAAUAUAUUCAUCGGCAGGGGAAGGAAUCCUCGUACUCAGUUGGGACCAGGGCAAGAUCAUUCGUUUUGGAUGGACCGGCGACGAGCGGUUGGUCGUGCUGAAUGAAGAGGGAGCAUACCGCUUGUACGAUUUGCAGGGCGACUACGAACAAUACUCCCUUGGCAGUGAAGCUGCAGAGAUGGGCGUCCUCGAUGCACGUAUACAUGAGAACGGCAUCGUUGCGCUAACCGGCUCGCUUACAUUGGUGGAAGUCCGAGACUGGGCGGGCGGAAAACCGCUAACACUCGCUAAUUCCGGCCUCACGCAGCCACCGCAUUCAUGGGCGGUGAUCCCUCCGGACUUGACUAUUUCAAGGCAUGUCGAGGUGCUGAUGUCCGUGGAGUCGACUAUCUACAGUGUGGAUAAUCUCGAGAGCAUAGACCAGCAACUUUCUCGAGGUCCAUUCACGCAUCUAGCGCCGUCACCUAACGGCAAGUCUCUGGCGCUCCUGACGUACUCGGGGCUCCUGUGGGUUGUGUCGACGGAUUUCCAGAGAAGUCUAGCAGAAUUCAACACGGCUAAUGCUCCUGGUGCCGAGGGCGAAAUUCGUCAAGUCGAGUGGUGCGGGAACGAUGCCGUACUUGUGACGUGGGAUACGUUGGCGCUACUGGUCGGGCCUUUCGGCGACACGCUCCAGUAUUUCUAUUCCGGGCCCACCUUCGCUGUCACGGAGAGCGAUGGGAUCCGUCUAGUAGGUCCAGACAGUUGCGACUUCGUCCAGAAGGUUCCAGUAUCGUCGGUUUCGGUGUUCCGGCCCGGUUCCACCUCGCCGUCUGCAAUUCUGUACGAUGCCUGGGAGAAUUUUACUCGCCGUUCGCCCAAAGCCGACGAGAGCAUCCGAAAUAUCCGCCCAGAACUCGGUGCUGCGGUGAACGAGUGUAUAGAUGCUGCCGGACGGGAAUGGGAGCCUGUCUGGCAACGCCGACUGCUCAGUGCGGCGAAAUUCGGACAAGCAUUUCUAGAUUUGUAUGACCCAACGGACCUCGUGCAAAUGGGGCAGGCCUUAAAAGUUUUAAAUGCCGUGCACUAUUAUGAAAUCGGUAUACCCAUUACAUAUGCUCAAUAUAUCCAGUUAUCCCCAUCACAUCUCAUCAACCGGCUGACCUCUCGCAGUUUACAUCUUCUAGCCCUGCGCAUAUCGUCAUAUCUGUCACUGAAGCCCCACGCAGUUCUCAAACACUGGGCGUGCGCUAAGAUUGUGCGUGCUAGGCCGACGGCUACCGGAUCAGGCAGGGAUGCGGAGCUUGAUGGUGAUGAUGCCGUAUGCAAGUCUAUCGUGGAGAAGUUCGAGAAGCUUGGCGGGGAUGAUGUUAGCUAUGCUGACAUCGCGAAGCGCGCCUGGGAAGUCGGGCGCGCUGAAUUGGCCACGAAGCUUCUGGAUCAUGAGCCGCGCGCAUCAGACCAGGUUCCUCUUCUUUUGAGCAUGAAGGAGGACCGCCUUGCCCUCACGAAGGCGGUGGAGGGCGGCGACACAGACCUUGUGUAUCAUGUCUUACUGCAUUUGCAGAGGAGACUUCCGCUGGGUUCCUUUUUCCGUCUGAUCGAAGAGGGCGGAGACAGACUUGCCCCGGCAAGCAAGCUUUUGCAGGUCUAUGCUCGGGAACAGAACCGAGAGAUGCUCCGUGACUUCUACUACUCCGAUGACCGGCGGGUGGAGAGUGCUGUUCUCUGUCUGGAGGAAGCAGCUACGAUGCAGGAUCCUACCGCCAAAAUCACUUCGAUCAAAGCUGCUCAGAAGUUCUUCUCAGAAGAUAAGGAACGGGGCUUUGAGGCUAGGACGAUGGAGGAGUACUCGAGGCUCCUGAACACACAGCAGCAAUUGGAGAAAGAAGCAGACGGAAAGAUCUCGUUCUUCGGCUUGAGUGUGAACGAGACGAUCCGAAUAUGUCUCACCAACGGCAUGUCGAAGCGGGCAGAUAAGAUUAAGUCGGACUUCAAGGUUCCAGACAAACGGUUCUGGUAUGUGAAGUUGAAGGCCUUAACGGCGAUCAGAGACUUCGACGGCCUGGAAGCAUUCGCUCGUUCGAAGCGCAGCCCUAUUGGCUACGAAGCAUUUGUCCGCCACCUUGCCGAGAAGGGGCACUUGAAAGAGGCUGCGUCGUACGUGCCUCGCUGCGACGCGCAUAAGCGUGUGGAUCUAUACGUGGUCUGUGGCGAGUGGAGGAUGGCUGCCAAGGAGUGCAAGGACCGAGGCGACAGGGCGAAGCUUGAACAACUCAGGAAGUCAUGCCCGAACUCGCUCAUCGCAAGAGAGCUAGAGCAGGUAGCUGCAUCUAUGAAGUGA